AUUUUACUAAAAAAGUCAAAAAUCACCAAAUUAGCUCGACAAUGACCUUUUUAUACCUUUUUUAAAAAUCUCAAUUAUUUCUCAUAAAAUUUUGUUCAGGUCAGAAAAUUCACCAAAGUUGGACCUAAAAUUGAGUUAAUUUUUGUUUUGUCAUUUUAACCUAAAACCUUAAGUUUUUUUCGAAGAAUAUCACAAAAAUUAAAAAAAAGUGAAAAACCACCAGAUUAUAUCGAAAUUCAUGUUUCUGGUAUCGUUCGGUUCGUUUUGGAACUACAUAGUACACUUUUUUAUUUUAAAAGAAACAAGCGUGAUAACAACCAAAAUUAAUUUUAUUUUAUUUAAGCUUGUUUUUGGAUAAAAAUAAGACGUGUCUAUGCUCUGAAGUUGGCCGUGGAAUGUAGCAUACGACACCUAAGGCACUAGUUGUUACCGAAAUAGCGAAAAAUCCAUGGUUACAGCAUUUAUUGUCACGGAAACGUCCAGAUAUCAAUUUUUAGUCCAGCGGCGUCACAUCCUGUCCUGUUAUUGUUUAAAUAAAAUAAAUAUAAUAAUGAUUGCUUCCGUCUCGUCUGAUUGUUGGACGUUUGCCGUCGCAGAUGAAAAUUUUUUUCGUUUAUUUAAUUUGUUGCAAUUUUUUGAAAAUUCGGGCAGUGCCCAUCGUGACCGGUUUUUCACAACCUAUUGAACCCAAUUUAGGCGAAUUUCCCUUCCAUGCUAGUUUGAUGCAACUCAAGCCUGAUAAAACCUAUCACAGUUUUUGCGGGGGUAGCUUGAUCCACCCCAGAUGGGUGCUAACAGCCGCACAUUGCAUUCAAUUGGAUGAGACAAGUCCAGCGUUUAAACCAGGUGAGGUUUUUGUGGCACUGGGGAGUAUUUAUCGGAGCGGAGACAAGGCCCAGGUCCUGAGGGUGGAAAAACUGGUGAUUCACCCAACGUAUUUAAAAACUGGUGGUCGUAACGACAUCGGAUUGGUCCGACUUGCGAAAAGUGCGCUUUUGGGACGUAACGUCAAACUCAUCCAAUUGCACACCAAUAACAAGGAGGUGCUGCUUAACCAAACCGUUUUUUUGACCGGUUUUGGAAUCAUUAACGAUUUGUACGAAACCCCCAUCAGGUUACGAAAGGCCGUUUUACACGUCACUAACUACGACAAGUGUUUCAGUGAAGCACAGUUUAAAAAUGUUGAGAUUUGUGCGGCUUCGAGGAUCGCUGAAGGAAAAGCUUGCAAAUUUUUUAGGGGGACAGUGGGGGCCCCCUUUUUCUCACAAGAAGGGGGCACCAUGUCCAAAUUGGGGUGACGAGUCAUUUAACCUUGUUGCCGUUCUGUAGGGUGGCUUUCAACAAUUCGGUUUAUACCAGAGUUUCGGCUUACAUUGCUUGGAUUUCCAAAAUAACGGGCAUUAAUUUCAUGAAAUAUAACCAAAAUUAACGUGGAUACGCACAG